AUGCGUUGCGUGACCUUCCCUUUCGCCCUCUUUGUUUGGAUAGUCUUCACGAAAUUGUGUGGAGCUUGGACUCCCCUCCAAAAUGCCUUCAAUGACCGGCCUGCUACAGCAAGCGAGAGUGUACACGAAGCUCUCGUAAAGGCUGCAAUCAUCCCCGAUAUCCUCGAUGAUUUCCAACCAUCAGUCUACGUCACGCUCUCCUACGCAUCAAGACACAAGACUGUAGAUCUGGGAAACAAAAUCAAGCCAAAGAAAGUCACUUUCCCACCAGUCUUCAACAUCGACGCUUCGGCCAUGGCCCCAACUCGCACUCUCAGAAGCAAUACCACGUAUACUCUCGUCUUAUCUGACCCUGAUGCGACAUCCCGGGCGGAGCCCGUAAUGGCGCAGAUGUGCCAUUGGAUUGUCACAAAUUUGACCUUGCCGUUUCAGUCUCCCAACUCUGACAGGGCUCUCGACUGGCUUUCGUCGUUCUUUUACACGGAAGAACCGGAGGAUAUUAGCGUUCAAGAGAUCAUGCCUUAUUUACCACCGACACCACCGCCGGAGACGGGGUAUCACCGCUAUGUCUUUAUUUUGCUAGCGCCGGCAACGGAGAAAGACAUACAAGGAGAGCUCACAAAACCAAAGGAUAGGCCGCAUUGGGGUUACGGGAAGGUCGGCGCAGGAGUCAGAGAGUGGGCAGAUGAGAACAAUUUGGUGGCUGUUGGUGCCAAUUUCUUCUAUUCCAAAGACAAGAAACAAUAA